CAUCGAUAUAAAGAAUGGAGUAUAAUAUUUCAAUUAAAAUUUGGAAAUUCCUCUUUAUUUAAAAAAGUACGAAUUGGAUUACCUAAUUUACUAUGGAAAUUUCUGCUACGAUUUCUGUUAUAAACGAUGUUACGAAUAUUUUUUCAUUUCAUUCAUUGCCAUGCCGUGGCGAAUGUCAAGUGCAACGAGUGGACAUUAUCGAAAAAUUGCGGACUUUUAUUUUAUAGUGUGAAUUUCACGAGUAUCUGAUUAUAUUAUUAUUGUUGUUAUCAAAUCGACCAUUUCGCAAUACAUCUCUCCAACUGAAUAGUAAAGCAUUACAAUGAAGAUUCUUGAUUCAAAGUCGCAAAAAGAAGAGGAAAUUAUACGUGAAAUUUGCCAGUGGGUUGAAAAAAAUAAUGCAAACCCGGAAUAUAAAGAAAAUGAAUACGCGAUUCGACUUCAAUAUAAAUUUUUCGGAUGUGAUGUGGCAAAAGUGAAGAAAAAUUUGAGUCUAUACUAUAAGAAACGAAGUCAAGUAAUAACUCAGUAUGGCAGAUAUGACAAUAUUUAUGAAAACUUAAGAAAUUCAUACGAUAUGGUAGCAGGAGGUCUCUUACCCGAAAAGAAUCCAUUUGAGCAUUCGGUUAUAAUAGUUAAAGUUACGAAUUAUGAUAAAGAUAUUAAUUUCAUGGACGGCCAAAUGCGUCUCAUUCUUGCUGUUGAAACGCUUCAAAAAGAAGAUCUUCUAGGGAAAAAAGUCAUCUGCGUUAUUGAUUAUUCGGGAAUUUCAUUGAGUUAUUUAUUCAAACUGAAUAUAUUUGCGCUUCAGAAAGCUUACAAAACUUGGAAAGACUUUGCUUUCUUAUCGUGUUCUGAAAUACAUCACAUCAAUAUGCCACUGUAUUCUCAUUACAUCGUCAAUUUAGCCAAUUACAUCUUGGAUGAAAAAUUGAAAAAAGUUAAUUACUACCACACAGAAAACUUGAGUGAGUUUUACGAACACGUGCCCAAAGAAAUAUUACCGAAAGAAUACGGUGGAAACGCUCCAGAAAUCAAAGAACUAAGCGAGAUUUGGUAUGAAGAAACGAUGAAACGUUGUGAUCCUGUUAUCGAGCACUUUAAAACACUAGCUGAAAAAUCAACAAAAAUCAAAAAAACUUCAAAAUCUUUCUACGAGAUCCCUUUUAAAUUAUUUGGAAAAUUAAGAAAACGAACAAACGCAACAUGAAAAUCUAUUCUGCGAAUUUUUUUUGUACUCAACAUCGCAUUGAAAACCGCCCGCGCCCGUUUUUCUGCAAAGAUAAAGACUGUAAAACAAAAAAAAGUUCAUAUUCAGGUGCUUCCAAAUUAAUAAUGUAGGUAUUUGCAUUUGAGUUUAUGGGUACCUGGUACCUUUACCUACCUAUAUAGCCAGGUCCCCCUUGGACAUGAUUUGACCAACAAAAAAAAACGUAUAAUAAUAAGUAUGUAAAGUAGCAAGGCAUUUUAUAUAAUUUUAGAACUUGUUUUAUUAGGUAAUUGUUUUCUAAAAUAUUUCAAUUACAAACACUUAAAAAAAAACACAGUGAAAGUUUUUAUAGAUGAGAAAACGCUGAAAAUUUAAAAUAUUAAAAAUUUGUAAAUUAACCGCGUCGUCCUUCCCUUGCCACAGAUAUUCAAUUUUUUGCUGACUUAAUGGUAAGCAAUUCACUUUCCGGUUCACUUUGGAAUGAACCGUUUUCUGCGCAGUUAUCUUCCCUAAUUGCUGCUUACAAUUCUCCAAUCCUUAACUAUGCAGGUAGUAUAGGUAGCCGGUAUACUUAUACUCGUGCUGCUUGCACUGGACACCGUUACAGCAAACUUCCAGAUACAUGCCAGUGUGCUGUGCGUGCAUUUAGCCAUUUACGACAGUAAGAUUGUCUCUUUUUCUGAAGUAAAAAGGCGGUCUGCUUAGUUGCUUAUACAAAUGUUAUAGUUUCGAUUCUACAGAAAAGUAAAAAAAAAAAACAACCUCAUCAUGAAGCCAUAAAUUAUGGCGUAAUUGGUUUUGACUCGAGAGUAUAGCUAUUCCUUCAACCAUAUGUUUGAACCAUGACGAUGACGUGCCACCUUAUGUGUACCAUGUAUUUUAAAAAAUCCUUAAUUUUUUCUCUGCUAUUGUUACAUAUACAGACUACAGAGGUACGUACUGUAUACGUCCGAAUAGAAAUUCGGUUCAACAUAUCAUGAAAAUUGUGAGAACAGUGUGUUGUGUGUCGACGCUCCUAAUAUUUGUGCGCGGUGUUCCAUUAGGAGAAGAAAAUGAGCUGCAAAAUGAAAUUCACGAAGGACAACGAGCUUCGGAGGAAUCAAGAGGAUAUUUUCAAUCCAUUACAGACACAGUGAAAGAGUACACUGUCAAUAAGGUGCUGAAUAUGUUUAAAACUAUGCCUGGUAUGGAGUAGGUACCAAUAAUUAACAAUUCACCUAUAAUCAUAAAAUUCAUAUCAACCAGUGUUUUCUAAUGGUCUGGACUUCAAUUUGCUCGAAUACAUUUGAAUUGCAGAAAAAGAGUGCAAACUCAGAUUAGCACCUGCACCACAAAAAAGACCAUCUUAAUUCGAACGAAUUGCCUGCCUGAAAAAUAUAGGAAACUUGAUACCUACAGAAAAUCUUACUCGGAAAAAUGUGCUUUAUGCGACAGAAAGGCCAUUGAUUUCUGUACAGAUGUUUAGGGCUAAUUGUGAUGAAGAUCCUGUCCCCUCUUCCGUCACACGGUACAUAGCCUACAUACAAAAUGAAAGUGCCAAGUACCUAUACUGUCGUAAUGCACUCAUUGAUGAAGGUUUUCAUUGUUUCUAUUAAAAAUGCCAACGAUUUGUGGUACCUACCUAGGUACCGUGAAUAAGAUGUCCCAAAAUUUGUAAAACUGUAAUUUCUCAGAUCAAAAGCUAUGGUUAUUCAGUGAUUCUCAAUCCGAGUUGAGGUAAAAGUGAUUUAUCAAAAAUAAAAUGCCAAGAAGCGAAAAGAAUUUAACCAAUCCCUAUCUGUAAGGAAUUAAAAAUUAUCAGGAUUUUUUCCGAUAAAAAACACUUCCUAUCUCAUUUGCGUCAGUUUGUAAUCUUUCUACUUUUUGUGAAUUGUUGAAUAGAGAUUCGGGAUAAAAAUGAAAACAAUGGCACUUUUCUUAAAUUUUUAAGGAAAAUUUUCAUUUAUAGAGCGUUUUUUAAUUCACAAAAAUGGUCUUUAUUCGAUUCUAUAACGAUUUACUCUCCCCUUCCAAUGCAACAUUUUGAAUUUUCGUAUCCCUACUCCUCAGAUAAACGGGAAAAUGUUGUCAAUAAAAAAAAAAUUAGUUUGAGAAUAAUUAUGAAUAGUUACUUAGAUACCUAAUCAUACAUACUAGAAAUUUAAAGAGCAAAUUUUUUUGGUUCCUUUAUCGUUAAUACGUACAGAGACAGAAGUCCUUCCUAAUCAACGAGGUACUUUAUUAUUAUAUCAUUUGCGAAAAAAAAAAUUAGACAUAGUUUGCUACUUUCCGGGCAAUGAAGGACGAUUCUCUACGUAUUAGGUAAUUAUAUGUAGCUCAUAAGGUGACAUAAGAUUAAAAAACGCAUUCUCUUCAAUCCAAAAGAUAGGCAAGCUAUCCUACUUGUGUUCAGCAUGGGUUGGCUACUCAAGUAUACUUAUCAGAUGAAAGGGAGCUAGUCGAUGGUCACACACCAAUUAAGACCAUCUAAUGUAUUGAAUAAGAUUUGUAGUGGAACCCUCUUCACCACAUUUUUAAAAAAAUCUUUUUUUUUUUUUACAGAUUUAAUUUAAAAAGCAAUAUUUAUUAAUUAACGUUCUGUCUUCAAUUUAUUAUCACAUUUCAGUCGAAUGCAAGUCAAAAAUCAACAAAUCCGGAAAAUUAAUCGCUACGAAGAAUGGAAAAAAAUUCUGCGAAAAAACGUGCCUUGAGAUUUAUGAAAAGAUAGAUAAUGCGAAAAAAACAAUAAAUGCGAUAAAAAGUUAUCUUCCAUUUGCGCAAACUUUGGAAUUAAAACCAAGACGUCAUCAAAACUCACGUGUAUUCAAAUGCGCUCGAAAUCUCACUGGAACCAAACUCAUAUGCGAUUGCCCACAAGCUCCUCAAUUCAAUUUUGGUAAAUCGUUGAAAAAUUAUUUGGAAAAAACAUUUCUAAAGCCGUCUGCAGCAGCAAGAGAUAAACAUAAAUACUACUAUCCUCCACCAUACUACGGAUACGGAUACAAUAACGGUCCUUUUGGUUCUUAUGGCUCUUACGGUCAUCACGGUCAUCCUUGGGGGUACGGCUUUAAUCCUCUCGGAGAAUUAUUUUCAAUGAUUUUUGCUCCUUUGAAAAUUUUAUUCUUCAUUGUCACGCUACCUUUUUGGAUUUUCCUUUUAGUAUUCCUCGGAAUGGAAUUAGAUGAUAUUUUUGACUAACAAUACUCGUAUUUUGAAAUAAAAACAUCAAAAAUAGAAAAUUAUAAAAAAUGGACAUUUUAUUUUAAAUGGCAUAUUGUGGUCUCACUCGUCAAGAAAUUGUUGGUAACAUCUCAGGUAUAAAUUGUAAGCACAUCUAACAUAUUAUGUACAUGUAAAUACAAUAGGUCUACAUUGGUAAAUAGGUAGGCUAUACAAAAUUAAAAUUUAAUGAGAUGAUGAUAAUCAUAGUACUUAUAAUACUAAAAAUUCGAUGAUAGGUAGGUAAGCGUACGAGGUAUGCUCGAAAAAAAAACAA